AUUGACUCAUUUCACUAACGUGCGCGUGAGCACAUAGUUAAUAAAAUACCCAGCCAACGUGCUACGCCAACAUGGCGGAAGAACAAACGUUUGCGUAGACCUAUUCUCAAAAAACAUUGAACACUGGCUUUUUCCUUUUUUAGAGUGUUUAUUUUUAAACGACGGUUUCAUAAACGUCUAAGCAUGCCUUUAAAAAAAAAAAAAUGAAGAGCCGCCAGGAAUAGCCUACAAGAAACUCACGUAGUAACCUAAAAGUUAGCCAAAAAGUUUGAAUAACGCUAUAUACUAACGGGUGGUAAACAAAGUCAGUGAAAGGUAAGUUGAGCCUGGCUUUUAAGAUAUAAUUGCUGUUGCUGACUAGCAGGAUAGAUGCUGACCCAGAGACGGCUGCUGCCAAACUCCGCCCGACCGUUAACACCACAGGCUAUCUCCCAUAGAGUUAUACUAGACCCGGGGCUAGCAUAUCUCUGUGGCAUCUCCUGGACCUGACCUGCUUGGAAGGAGACCGCAGGGUCUUUUUAAGGAGGCGUUGCAUCAGGAAUUCCUUGAACAGCUUAAAACUCCUGCAGAUGAUUUCAUCCCCCACUGCACAAGUGACCAUGGCUGAUGAAAUCUCCCCACGGAUGUCUGACAGGGCAGUUGUUGAAAAUAGGAGUAAAAGGAAACAUCAAGGAAGGCAUUGUGUCACUCCUUCUCUCCCGGAUGGACAGAUCUUCAUUAACACUCACAACGUGAAUACUGACUCUUCAUUUGGUGGUGUUUGUGUAGGUAUGAACUCACUUUCAGAGAGCAGUGACACUGGAAUCCUUUAUCUGAACCCUCAAACACCAAACUGGUCUCUCGCGGAGAAGUUUGCUGAGCUUUCACCGGCGGAAGAAACAGGGCUUAAUGACGACCAAGACCACAGCAGUCGAGAAUUGCUACAAUGCACUAAAUAUAUUGAGAACAAUAAAAUAUAUGGACGGAAUGAAGUGUUCUUGGAUGCUGGGCAAAAGAAGGAAAGGAACUGCUCUAAAUACCAUAAGGUACAAAGUGAUGCCUCGGUCAAACAGAGGGCAUCUAAGCUCAAAGAGCUAAAUGUUGAGAAAUAUUCUCCAGGUGGAGGUGGGAAUAAAAUCAAAAAGAAGACUUUAAAUACUUGUCCUGCUAACAAAUCACUUAAAAAGUGUGCAGACGACAAGAUCCCUCGACUUUUGGUAGCGAUGAAAAAACGUAGUGGAGUUGACACAGAACAGCGUCCCUUCAAGUGCACACACUGCCACUGGUCUUUUAAGAAGCUCUGCAACCUACAGAGUCACUUACAAACACACACUGGCCUCAAGCCACAUGUGUGUGAUACAUGUGGCAAGGCUUAUUCCCAUCAGGGCACGCUGCAGCAGCACAAGCGUUUACACACCGGUGAAAGACCAUAUCACUGCCCUUUCUGUGUCAAGACCUAUAUCUGGUCCUCAGAUUACCGCAAGCAUAUCCGCACACACACUGGUGAAAAGCCCUACGUCUGUGACACUUGCGGCAAGGAUUUCAUUCGCUCCUCUGACCUGCGAAAGCAUGAGCGGAACAUGCACACCAAUGACAAGCCCUUCCCGUGCACGCACUGUGGCAAGACCUUCAAUAAACCCCUCUCCCUGAAGCGUCACGAGCGUAAGCACCUGGGAGAAAGGCCUUUCUCCUGCCCCGACUGUGGCAAGGCCUUUGCUCUGGCCAGUCGUAUGGCAGAGCACCACAAGAUCCACACAGGAGUGCGUCCGUACGUCUGCUCGGUGUGCUCCAAGUGUUUCACAAAGUCCUCCAACUUGGCCGAGCACGAGGCCAUUCACAGCGGAGCGCGGCCCCAUAAGUGUGCGGAGUGCGGCGUGGCGUUUGCCAUGGCUUCCCGCCUCGUUCGUCACCAGUACGUCCACAAUAAAGAGAAACCCCACAGCUGCACAGGCUGCAGCAAGAACUUUAGCCACCUAGCCACGCUGAAGCUUCACCAGGAGCAAACCUGUGCCGGGAGGAUCUUUGUCUGUGUGGAGUGUGACAAAUCCUUCCAGUGUGCCGCAAAGCUUGCACAGCAUGUGCUGGACCACAAGGACAAGAAUAUCUGAAUCUGUUUAAAGAUAGGUACUGUACACAUCCAUCGCUGUGCUAGUGCUAUUCACUCAACAAAAAACAAACUGUAUAUCUAAAUGCAGUGGUAUAAUUCUUUCAAAUAUUGAGUUCCACAUCGGAUCCAUUCAAGGUCAUAGGGCACCAGUUUGUUUAUGUUUAGGUAUUUAUGAUAAUUGUGCUGUAUGAGUUUUAAAACUUGUUAGUCUCGUGGUGCUGGAUUCCCAUGAGGAGGAUGUUGUGGGAUAACAACUGGCACCAGCACAGAUUCGACAGCUUAAUGGUGUGAUGUGAUAUUGGUCACAAGAAGAUUUGAAAUAAAUGCAGGUAAUAAUGCGCACAACAUUGCCACUUUGCAUUUAGGAAAUGCAAGCAGUUUAUCAUGAUGAAUGGCUACCAAUGAUGUAGUAGCCUGCCUGGGUCAUUCUGAAUCAGGUGGCCAAGGUGGGACAUGCUGGCUCAGUUCAAGUAGGGCUGGCACUGUGCAUGGCAUUUCAGAAAGCCCAUCACUUCCUCACCCUGAAUGUAUAGAUACACAAAGGUUUACUGUAAAUACCCAACUUUAGCAUCAGUGACAUUAGCUAAACAUACAGUAGAUGACAGCUUUGAUAACCAGCAUUGAUGACAAGAAGCUGGUACUUUUUAUUGGGGGGGGCAGCAUAAUAUUUUCAACCUAUUAAUGCCUGCCAUACACAAAAAAUAACACCAACAUCAAUACUUACUUAUUCUCAGGUGCAGGCUGUUUUAUUGUCCAGUGAGUUGCAGGCAGUUUUGAAUGCUGCACUUCUUGACACACAAGCAGCUGCAAAAAAAAAAGUGCUCAGACAUGGUCAUAAGCCAGUCAUAACUUGGGAGGCAACUCCUGACACACAUUACUGUGACCACAUUAAUAAACCAGAAGAGUUUAAAUGGUUCAGGGAACUAGCGAAUCAGUCAGUCAUUGGGGUUUUUUUUGCCAGUGGACACUGCUAUGUGAAGUUAGUACACCUUUAUCUUGUACUCGUGGUGUUUUCUAUUCAUUACUGUGUUUGGCAGUACAGCUAUUUCCAUGCUGGACGUUUUGUUUGACAUGUGGUUGUACAGUUUAGGUUCUGUAGUGUAGUUUAAUUUUCAUCAUGAACAUGAUCUUAACACAGCAUUUACCCUGAUAUGAAGUGGGAAAUUACCCCCGAAUCUUUGAAUCUGCGUAUAUGUAGAACUGCAGGUCUUGGAUUCUUAUUUUCUUAGAACACUCAAAGCAUUUGUAAGUCAAAUCUUUAAAUGUGAUUUUUUUUUCUGAAUUUCAGCGUGCAUGUAAUGUCAGUUGUAAAUCUAUGGUUCUUUUUAAUCAUAUUGCCAUGCACAACAAGCAUGUUUGGUUUGUAAGAGGGUGGAGGAGCUCAAGCUUUAGUGGAUAAAAGGGAAACAACAUUGCAAGCCUGUAGUGUUAAAAAAUAUGUUUGAAGAGUAAUCUCAAUAAACAUUUUUUUUAAACAAAU